AUGAAUCAGUUCCUCGGCGGACUACCUAUCCCGAGCUUUGGUGAGGAGAGUGAGGAUGUCUUCCAGCAAUUCGUACAGCUGGCUGGCUGCGCCGACCAAGGUCUCGACUGCCUCAGAAAAGCUGACAUCAAAACGCUCAUGAGCGCAAAUCACGAGUUGAUGCAGAAUCAAAUAGAAUCGCUCCUCCUCUCGCACUGCUCCAAUGAAGCCGUUCUCUUCCUCGACGGCUUCAUCGCCACUAAUGCCGACUUUGACAAUUUCCUCACCACUGUCUUUGCGAAUCACACGGCUGAUAUUGGCCUCAACCAGAAAGUCGCCGACUUCUACCCAGAAGUUGGUUGCCCCCAGGCCAAGUACAAGACUCAAGCGGACCGCAGGGCAGACUCCGUCAGAGAUAGCAGCAUGGCAUGCAACAUCCGCUACCUUACUGAAGCCUACGGCGACUCUAAGGUCUGGAACAUGCAGUACUCCGUAUCUCCGGGCUGGCAUGCCAUGGAUCUCGUCGCGGUAUUCUACAACAAGCACUUCUCAUCGUCGAGUUGGAACGACGUGCUCAAGAACUUCGUCCUGUUACCAUUGGGGAUCCUCCUCUCGGACAUCAGUGCGGCUCACCAGAGCUACCUCGCCUCGUACACCGUUAGAGGAGACCCCGGCGUCGACAGAGUCGUGCUCAACGUCCUGCCCACGGUGAAGUGGAAUCACCCGCGCAGCUCGUCCGGGGAGAACGUAGGCGGAGUUGUGGGCAUUGGCAACUUUCUCGUCAGCGAGGUUGAAGAUGGGUGGAUGCGUGCAGGUUUUGGAGGGAGUUUUUACGCGGCGGCGACGGCGGAGGGAGGGUACGUGGCACCUGGGGGAGAGGUAUCUCAGGGUUUGGUUGGGGUGGAGAAGGAUAUCAGACGGAGAUAUGAAGGUAUCGAUAGAUGA